AGCAUCGGUGACCCUCAAUCCAGCUCCAAGUGUGAACUAUGGAAGAGAUUAAUAAUAUUGAAGUUGUUCCGUGCACAGAGUCCGACUACCUGAAGCCGUUCAGGGUUCAUUAUAAUCAGAAUGGCACAAAGAAAUCCUGGGACUUCAUGCGAACCCAUGACAGUGUAUCGGUGCUGAUCUUCAACACCACCUCACACUGUUUUGUCCUCGUAAAGCAGUUCCGUCCAGCUGUAUACAUGUGUGAGUGGGAAAAGACCAAGACGCAGCCGCCUCAGUCUGCUGAAAAAACCGAGGAGGGCACCUCCGAAGCUGCAGCUCCGGAGUCUCAGGAGGGCCAGUCGGCCUCAGAGGGAGAGAGCUCUUCUCAGUGGCCCCCAGCCUCGGCGGGGGUCACCUACGAGCUCUGUGCCGGCCUGGUGGACAAACCUGACCUCUCACUGGAGGAGAUUGCCAGGCAGGAGGUGCUGGAGGAGUGUGGCUACGAUGUGCCCGCUUCCAAGCUGAAGAGGAUUACUUCUUACAGGUCAGGUGUAGGUGUAACAGGUGCCAAGCAGACCAUGUUUUACGCCGAGGUGUCUGAUGACAACUGCGUCAGCGCAGGUGGAGGUGAGCCGCGGGAGGGCGAGCUUAUCGAGGUGGUCAAAGUCCCACUGCAUGAGGCCAUGACGUUUGCCUACGACGAGCGUAUACCCAAAACCAUGGGCGUCAUUUUUAGUUUCAUCUGGUUCCAUAAUAACAUGUCUCCCAAGUACAAGAUCUCCACCAAUGUGUAACUAGUAUUAACUAACUCCUCUUUCUACCAUUUAUUCCAGUUUCAAUCAAACACUGGCCCAGCACAUCCACUCUUUCCCUUAUGGCUUUUCAUCCUGUAUUGCCUUUUUGCUUAUUGGUACAUGAUGAAGGGUGGGCACCUUGUCUUGUUGCCAACUGGUAUCUUUAAGUUUUGUCCUGUUAACUUUUUUAUGUGGUCUUAAUAUUUUUCCUAAAAGCAAAUUUGCCAUAGCUGGUUGUCACUGGCACUUUUUUUUUUUUUUGUUUUUUUUUUAUAUGCUGAUCAUUUUGUUUACUGUGCCAUCUGUUAUAAAUGGCUGCAUAUCACUGAUUUCAUUAGCCUGCCCUUAAUUAAAGGAAUGCUCCACUGCUUUUAAUGUGGAUCUUGAAUGUUAUCUACAUGACAUUGGCUACCUUCUAGAUACAAUAUUGGCCAAGAAAAAGCCAUUUACCAUUCUUCAGACCUCUUUCCAUUAUUCCUACAACACAGAGUACUCAACCUCUCCAUUUUAGAGUUGAAGUUUUUGACUUGUAAAUAACAUUUACAUCAACCUUGAUUACAAACCAGAAUUUGAGAUAUUUUUGAAAGCUCAAAUAUAUUGGUCUUGUCGCUUAAUAAAACUAUCAUACUAUGAUAUUAGUGUAAUUAUGAGGAAGUGCCUAAAAAACAAACAAGUAUGGAGACUCCAUGUCAGCCAAAGACCAGUGUUCAAUAUAAUUAAACACAGUUUUAAAGGAUAUGGUGUUAUAUUACCAGUGCACAGUAUUUCCAUUUUCACAGGGUCAGCUCUACUCUUCAACAUCAGGAUGAUGUGAACUCUUGCAAGUCAUAACGUAGGACUCUUUCCCAUCUCUACCUUCUAUCUUACUUAAAAUGAAAGCGGCAUUAAGGCGUGAUGCUAACCAGCAAUUUACCUCUUUUUAGUCUCAGUUUGCUAACAUUUAACACGCUAAUGUUUCCACUGGAGUCAUCUAUACAAACAUUUCUACUUGCCUGACAAAGUGUGCAAAGAUUUAAAAAACAAAAGCAGUGGAGUGUUCCUUUAAUCCAUGAUCCAGUAAUGCAAAAACUAUGCUAGUCGUGUGGGGCCUUGUAACAAUCGAGGUGUUUAGGCAUGCCUCAUUUAAGUUCUCUGAUCCACAGCCUUUAAGCAAUACUUAUCACAUUACCCCAAGCUUAACAAUCACUCCAUAUCACUGAAAUCAACUCUCACUCUGUUUCAAAUUCUUCAUAAAGUCAAACCAGUCGAUAUAUUCGCAAACUUAAUUCACUGCUCAUGACAAGCAUACACCUACCUCUGCACCGAGGGCCUAAUUUCUGUUUUCAGUGUAUCAUCAUACCGAAGCACAAUCCUGAUUAAAAGCAUACUCUGUUAGUCGAAGACACUUUAAUCCACUUCUAAUGGCAUCGACACACAUAUAGUUAGGGAUGUGAAAAGCUGUAGUGUUUUGCUAUUUGUUUUCCAAGUCUGACAUGGAAGAGAGGUUUUCUUUUUAGCUUUUAGAAAAAGGAGUGAAACAAAUAUGUUCCAAAGAAGAAGGCAACUGGACUCCUUUUUAUGUUUUUUUUGAAGACAUUCAAUCUCUCAUCCAAAUGGUUUCUUCAGUUCAUACUGACUGGUCUUUAUUCCUAACAACCCAAGACUCUCAUGACUCAAGGUGUGAGUGGUUGUGAAACCACCAGGUGAGAGAUGACUCAAAGCGUCAAUGGAAUAAUCUUGGGAAGGUGUCUCAGGAUGGUGUUAUAAGUACCUGAUAAGUGGAGGCAUUGACCACCUCCUCUAUUUAGAGAUGGUUGCAGUCCAAUGCAAUGAGGAGUGCACAGACCUUUAUAUAGGGGAGAAUAAACAACUGCUCCACAAGCACAAUACAGGAGACAUACUGUAUCCCCUCAGGACAAGUCUCAGCAGUGCACCAGCAUCUAGAGAGUAGAGAUGCUCUUUAAGGACAGCUGUGUUCACAUUCUAGACAGAGACAGAUGGAGUUAAGGAAACCGGUAUGUCUUUAAGAGCCAAAAAGAAGUCCAUUUGCCUUCUACUGAAGCAAUUGUCAUAACCUGGAUGACUGAGAAUCUACUCAAACGAAUACAGAGCAUACGGUAACAAAAAAAAAAAAAAAAAGCCAAAUCUUCAGUCUUUAUGAUUUCUAACAGUUAAAUUCACAUGCAGCACCUCAAGGUUCCAUGUUAAACACAUGAAUCAGGGUUCAGGAGCAUGUUUAAAAGGACUUAGCCCAUCUGAAGUAUUGCUUUUGAUUAAAUAAUUUGCGAGUUCCCAUGUAGAAAACCUUAGAUGGUCAUUACCUUACAAACCUAAUCUCAUAAAGUGAAUCUCAACAGCAGUUUGCCAAACUCUCAGGUCCUAACUGUCAAACUUUUGGCCAUAUUCAGGGUGAAUCUCUGGAUGUCACAAUGACCAGCAUGUUAUGAUACUAUUACAUUCAAAUCACUUGCAGCUUGAGCAACUACAGGCAACAAAGUUGUUACCAUUCCUACUCUAUGUUACUACUUUUCUUUUUCAAAAAGGGCUGGUACUUCAUUUAUUAUUUAACAUGUGAAAAGGAAGAAAUUCCCACCCUGUAGUCUUGUUGAAAAUAUGCAAGAACUGAAGCAAAUCCAAUGAUAUUUUUAGAAAAUGAAUGCUCAUUUAACACAGAUACCACAUCUCAUUAUUUUAACAAUAUUACAACUUGCUAAAGGAGAACUACACUAGCAGAUUUUGCAGUAGCCGGUGAUUUCAUGUUCAGAUCUCCUCGGUGCACCUGCAGUUUGAAAGUUGGGAAAUACAGUGUGUGUGACAAAACUGUAGUGGUUAAACUUUAACUGUUAAGUGGGUAUUAAAUGGCCUGCCUGCAUAACGUGUUGGUGUUUUGUUGAAGAUAUCAUGGAAAAGGUGUUUCAGAUAUUCGGUUAUUAAGGAUUUAAAGUGCAAUGUCAAUAGCAGCUUAACCCUCUGAACCCCAAAACCUGCUGGCGGGUUUCAAAAGGCGUCUUAUCUUUAAAAAUCACCAAAACUACUCGAUUUACCAAAACCACAAACUAGAUUUUCACCCUUUGAAGGGAUGUAUCAUGUAGGAUGUGUUGUUCUGUCUACAAAUAACUAAAUCUAAGUGUACAACCCAUUAAACGCUGUGAUAUAUUAUCAGAAACACUUUAUUCUAUGUCCUUCUUAAAAAUUCUUU